CUUAUGACCUCCUCCUCCUCCCGUGUGGGGGAUGUGAAUUGGCUGCCCCCCUCCCCUCCCCAACGCAUGUCCGUCCUCGUCCCCGUAACAUAACAUAAAGACAAUAAAACUCCAACCCGGAACUCUGCUUGCUAGCACUCCCCUCGAACCGAUACCGUAUCCCUCGGCGACCCAGAAAGAAAAAGAAGAAGAAGAAAAAUGCAUCUCCUAAAGCUCUAUUCCUUUCUAUUCGUCCUACUGCUGUCCUUCUCAACGGGUGCCGAUGCAUCCACACCCCUCGAGAAGCGCGCCACACAGGUGUCGCUGAUAUCCUACACGUUUAGCAACAAUGUGCUCGCGGGAUCCAUCAAGAUCCAAAACAUCGCCUACUCCAAAGCCGUGACGGUCGUGUACGCCGUGGGCAGCUCGUGGACCACGGCGCAGGCGUUCGCGGCGGCGUACGCCUCGGGCCCUGCCUCGGAUGGCUAUGAGACCUGGACGUUCUCUGGUACCGCUACCGGCGCUACACAGUUCUAUAUCAAAUACGUCGUGAGCGGGGUUACAUACUACGAUCCUGGCAAUAGCGUCAACUACCAGAUCACCACCACCACCACCCCCGUGACGACGGCCCCGCAGUGCACCGUUACGACGACGGUUACCAUCCAGAGCUAGGUAGUGUCCUUGUGGCUCAGAAAACCGGAACUUGGACACGAUCGGCGUGUGUGGCGAACAGUUUGUUGUAUGUAGCGGGGCGGCAGGGGACUAUGGUUGAAAUUUAUACUCGCGCGCGAAUGAAUGAAGAAUUAUUUCACGUUUCGCGA